AUGAAGAAGAUUCAGAUGCUUUCUUUGCUGCUCUGGCUUGUGGUAUGCAUGGCAGUGGGAAUCCAGGCUGCGUAUGAUGAUGCGGAACUCAAGUAUCCGCUGAAGCAGCUGUGCAGGAGAUGGGACCAUCAGAGUGUUGUAUUGGAUAAUACGCUCUACCUCAUCGGUGGGCGUGUCAUCAUCAAGGAAACGCUGCAGAAGAAACUUGGGAAUAGGACUUCAACGUGGGAGGGCGAGCCUAGCCAAGAAUUCAUCUCCCUCGACCUCACCGCCUCCUUCAGCCUCGAAAAGGUCGACGACAACGGCGACUUCCUUCCCCCGUGGAAACCUGUAACACACACCAUCGACUCCAACGUGCCGGGCGAAUACCCGCUGGCGAUCGCCAACGGCGGCCUGUGGACUCGCGACAACAAGCUCUACCUCUACGAGGGGCAGCGCACCAAGGGCGCCGUAAAGAGCGACAAGUCGACGCUCCUCAGCUACGACGUGGCUGAGGCCAAGUGGAGCCUCGAGAAGGCGUGGGACAACCCUGACGGCAAUACGCCGAACCGCUUUGCGAGGGGCACGAGCGUCAAUGUGCCCGAGAUUGGCAUGGGCUUCUAUUUGGGCGGGUCGCGGAUGUAUGCGGGUGGUGAUGGUGUGAAGGAGUGGAUGUAUCCGGUGGAGCAGCAGAUGGUGGGGUUGGAGAUUGGGACGGGGAACUAUGAUGCGAAGUAUCAAGAGAUUGUGGAGGGGACUAUGAGGGCUAUGGGAGCUGCUGUUACUUGGAUCUCUGUGGGGGAGAAGGGGAGCUUGGUUAUGUUUGGAGGAACAAAUGACACAGGGACUAAUGCAGUAAGCCCAUUGGACGGAAAAGAUUUGGCUGAUAAAGCUCCCAAAAACACAACUCUUGAAUCCAACGCCCGAGUCCACAUCUACGACAUUGCAAAAGACAAAUGGCACGUCCAGAUGUCCCAGGGCGACGUCCCCGUACACCGCAUGCACGCCUGCGCAGUCGCCGUCACCGCCCCCGACAAGAAAUCGCACCAGAUCUACUUCUACGGCGGCGGCACGGGCUCCAGGAUGUUCGGCAUGGACGACACCCGCUACAUGGGCGACCUGUACGUGCUGAACAUCCCCGCCUUCAAAUGGCAGCGCUUCACCGACCUCAGGGACCCGCCGGCGGCGAGGACACGCCACACAUGCCAUGUCAUCAACAAGCACCAGAUGCUAAUUGUUGGCGGGAGCAGAAACGACUCCUUUACGGUGCAGGCUCAAUGGUGUAGAUGGGACGAGAUCUCGGUGCUUGAUAUGUCCGCCCUUAAGUGGGAAACUAGAUACAUCCCAGCAACCGACAAUUACUCGGUCAAUCCAAAGGUCUGGGAGAACAGCUUGGUGAACCAGGUCCCGAUGGACGCGCCCAGUCUAGGGUGGACCGACACAGCUGUGCAGCAGUGGUUUGCGGGAAGCACCCCGGGCUCCAGCGACAACGUUCUGGGCAAGCCCGGUCUUGCAAAGGGAGCCCUUAUCGGCAUAAUCGUAGGGGCCAUUGCCGUCGUCUUAAUCCUUGCAGUGGCGGGCUUUAUGCUCUGGAAGCGCAGAAGGAACGCAAAACUCGAGGAGCAGCACCGCGACAACGGUCCUGGAUCACCACUGUACGACCAAAAGCAUGGAGGCCUCAGCCCCGGGUUUCCCCAAGGGGAGUUUAAUGAUCGUAAGAACCCGAGGUUCUCGGAGCUUGGGUCGGAGCCUUCGACCGCAAUCUCGGAGAUGCCUUCUGAAUCUAGAGCUAUAUCUGAAAUGCCAGCCUCACCUGUGUUCUAUGAGUUGCCGACCACUGAGAGAUCUCCAACGUACGCGGACUUGCAUGGCGGUGGAUAUCUUUCUGAGACGUCCGGAUCGCCCAACCCUCUCUCGAGGCCCAUCAGUGAUCUGAGCCAGCCCGACCACACCCAGGUUGGCACACACCUACGAGAGAUGUCACCAGUGUCGCCGGCAACGAUCUUGGAGGAAAUCACCUCAGUUGUUUCCGGCCCAGGGACUUCUUCAUCAUCACUCCCCCGCCACGACGAGGCGCACUACCCUACAAGAGAUAUACCCCCGCAUUAA